AAUAAGUAGGCUAUAAUUUAGAAUAAUUUAAAGAUGGAUGUCUUUUUAAUGAUUCGGCGAAAAAAGUUAACCAUCUUUACAGACGCCAAAGACACUACGACUGUUCUAGAGUUGAAGAAAAUGAUAGAAGGCAUACUAAAGGUGCCACCACCGAGUCAGAUGUUGUUCAACAAGGACAGUCAGCUGAUGGAGGAUGAGAAAACCCUCGCUGAAUAUGGACUUACAUCGGCCACGGCUAAAGCUCAAUCACCUGCACCUAUCGGACUGGCACUAAGGAAAGAAAAUGGAGAAUUUGAAGCCUUGGAUCUGACCCCGUACUCAGCACCGCCCGAUCUACCUGACGUCAUGAAGUCACAGGAGACUAAUGGUCAAGAACAGAUGGAUCAACACUAAACAGCUCGGCAACGUCUCGGACUUCGAAACUAACAUCAUCGUAUCGACUUAACUAGUAACAUUUGCAAAGCUCCGGCGCGGCCAUCGUCGCUACAACGCGCCUCAUUCGAUACAAUCUACAUAUUUUGUUAAUGUUAUAUCAUUUGAUUUGUGUUCGAUAUUAACACGAUUCUACACAGUUUUUAGUAUUUUUGUGAAGCUUGGACGAAUGUUGUGCUUUUUUUUAGUGUAUUGACAGAAUUUUUUUUAACAAGACAGUAAACAUAGCGGUCAAAUAAGAUUAAUUUCAAUAUCUUACUCAGAUAAGAUAUUGGAUUUGUAUUCAGCAAUAUGAAGGAAAUAGUUUUUGCAAUUUACAUAACGAAAUUACAAAUAAAAGUGUAUGUUUGAAUCCAAUAAUUGAUAGAAAACCAUGUUUUGGUCAUUUUAGGUAGUUCUUUCAGCAAUAGUAAUCUAAAAAUCUGAGCCAUCUCCUAUUUAAAGUAAUUAAAAUAAAGUUACUUUGAAUUCUAUCUGUGAUUGAAGAUCGAUUUUUGAGUUUGACCGUUAAUUUAACGGGAAUUCGCCUCAAUAGUAAAUAUCUAUGAAACUUCCUUACAAGGCAUCUAAACAAUAAACCUGUAAUAAUUAAUACUUUGUAAUUAUAGUUUAUAUGUUCCAAGGAGACAUAAUAAAAUAGUCAGAUUUUAUAAUUAAAAUAUUCCAAAGCACGCA